ACAACGGUUCCAGCUGCCUGACAUAUCCGUUGAUAGAGGCCUUCAAAAUUCGCUACUCCAAGAUUCACGUUUAUGUGAUAUUUAUCUUAUGCCCGCUCGGUGUGCUUUCUAACCUGCUCAACGUGAUCGUGCUCAACCAGCGCUCAAUGCACUGUCCAACCAACCUACUGCUCACUGCACUGGCCAUAAUGGAUGGUCUGACAAUGGCUUUUUACAUGCCAUUCGCCGCCUGGCUGCAUAUCCACGAAGGCUUCACGUCAUACUAUGCUUGGGCCACUUUCAUUCUGCUUUAUGUCAGCUUCUCCAACUUCAUUCAUGUCGCCUCGAGUGGAGUAAUAAUUGUUCUUGCCGUCUUUCGAGUACUGUACGUUCGCUACCUCCUCGCCGCCAAGCAACUGUGCAGCCAGCAACGAGCAUGUCUGGCAAUCUGGCUCGUGCUGGCGGCCAGUGGGGUCUUGAACAUCUCUUGUGUUGUGGUUCAUCGGAUUGAGAAUACGCAACGCGGCUAUCGGAUAAACUAUGUGGAAAAUGGCAGUCUGGAAAGAUGGAUGCAUUGGAAUACGGCCAUUUUCUGCAAACUCUUGCCGGUCAUCUGCCUGUUUGUCCUCUCAUUUGUGCUCAUCUUCAGCAUUCAGCGACAGAAUAGACGCGCAAAAAUGAUGAAGGAGCCUCAGCACCAGUUGCUGUAUUCACCAUCCAACCUAUCGUCUCCCAACAACCUCAGUCAUGCGAUAACUUUACCGGAGCAAAUGCGAGAGAUACAUAACGGCUCUAUCGCCACCAAGAAUUCUGUCACCUCUGGACUUCGUGUGUCCGUUUGCAAUGAGAUAGCAACUAAGACACAUCCUUAUGAAAGCAUAUCUGAGUCCUUUAUUCAGAUGGAUAGAAGAUUUCCACCCGUUCACUAUACACCACAGACA